AUGGCGGCCUUCGAUGGAACAUCCUGCCCCGAGGAACACUUGAUGGCAUACAAAAACUUGAUGUUGCUGUACACCACCAACCCGGCAUUGUGGUGCAAAUUCUUCCCAACUACUCUCACAGGAGUAGCCUUGACGUGGUACACCUCUCUUCCAGGGAGAAGUAUCCACACCUUUGCCCAAUUAGAGAGCAAAUUCCUGGGUCACUUUGUGGCAUCCAGAAGGCAGGAGAAAUCAAACUUCCAUUUGCUUAGCAUAACGCAACUGGAAGGGGAAUCCAUAUCAUCGUAUCUGAGGAAAUUCCAUGAGGCUGUGCUGGAGGCACAUGACCCAAAGAGGCGUAAAUCAGAAAAGAAGGAUCCAAUAUCCAAUCGCUCCUCAAGGAGCAUAGAGGAACAUCCAUCUAGGAGGGAUAAAAAUUACAUGCCGCAUCGUCCAGAGCCUCCAUCAGACAUGGGACCUCCACGAUCCCGGCACGUAUAUGCCGUUGAAGGGGAGUCCAAAACGCGGAAUUUGCUUGAUGGAGGUAAUGACCCGAGGUUCAAUUGGAACAGGAAGGACAUUUUCUUCGCUGUUCGGGAUGAGUUGCCAACUCCCCCUCCUAUUACCACUCCCUCCGAUCGACGCAACUACAAUCUGUGGUUCAUCAAUCGAAAGGACUAUGGCACGAGAGGCGACGCGGAAGGAAGGCCUUGGAACCAGAAAAGAAACGAGGCUAGGCGUGAAAGUUCCAACACACAAGGAACCAUCAAUAUGAUUUUCAGCGGCUACACCGAGGAAUAUCCCACAAUCCGCGCUACGAAAGGCAGCGUCCAUACUUUGUUCAAAGGACCCCCAAAAACCACCUCAAGUGGGCCGAUCAUGAGAUUUGAUGCCACUACUUCCCAACCGUUGCAACAACCACACACUGAUCCUUUAGUGGUUACCAUCAAGAUUGGGCAAAUGAUGGUGAGGCGAGUAUUGGUGGAUACCGGAAGCACAGCCGAUCUUAUAACGAUGGAAUGCCUAAGAAAAAUGAAAUUCGAAGAAAAGCACCUGCAACCCCUUGAUAAACCUUUGAUUGGGUUUGGAGGAAACCAGGUCAUUCCAAUGGGAACAAUCAUACUCCCUGUGCGAGUAGGGGAAAGAAGCGGAAGCAGAACUAUGCCCAUACGAUUCACGGUGGUGGAUCUCGUAUUCCCCUACAACGCCAUCAUUGGGCUUCCACUUAUUAACAAGAUCAAAGCAGCAAUCUUUCCUCAUCAACUCUUGCUGCAAUUCGAGCGGGAUGAUGGACAAGUUGGCAUCCUCAAGGGAGACCAGUCGCGUUGUCAUUUGUAUUCUGUUUUAUCAGCACUCAUCCCGCGGCAUGCUCGCGUUGUCAUUUGUAUUCUUAGUGAUCAUCAAAAUUCAUUUAUAACAUCAGAAGUUUUAUUUUCAGAUUAUCCGGCUCUUAUAUUCGAUUGCUCCGUGGCAUGCUUCAAAGCCGCGGCUCAGUUGGCGUUAUUCGUUUCUCUUUAA